AUGAGCAGGCGAUCGAAGCUGGAACGUAUUGGACCAAAUAGUCUUAACAUUCUGAAAGAUAUUGACGAGGACAAGUACGACAGUUAUAUUAAUAUUGAUGAAAAACAACGAAACUCACUGAGAGACGAGGAACACACGAAAAUUUUUGCUUCCAUGUGCCCCGAUGAAAUAUUGGAUUAUUAUGACGAUUAUUCGUCGAGGACCUACCACACCACGCUCAUGUUGGGUGACGUUUCCGGCUUUACCGAGCUUGCCGAGAAGUACACGAACUCGGGAAGAGGCGGGCCCUCAAAAUUAACAGAAACUUUGAACAGCUACAUCGGAGCAAUGGUCCAAGAAAUUCUCUCUCACAACGGCGAUGUGUUGAAGUUUUCGGGUGAUGCUUUUAUCGUUAUGUGGAAAGUUCAAGACGACACGAUCAUGAGAGACGUCGCUAUCGAAGCCAUACACACAGCCUGUAUUAUUCAAAAACAUUUUGGCACGUAUUCGACAGACGUUGGAGUCACUCUCAAAGUCAAAUUGGCAAUUGCUUCCGGAAAAAUAAGUUUUACAUCGAUUGGCGAUCCUGAGAAAACCUCGUAUUAUAUCAUCACCGGGAAACCGGUUUGGGACGUUAAAUCCGCCGAAGCUCUUUGUCGUGGCGGAGAUAUUUUGGUUGCCCCAAGCUGCUGGCGGUGGGCUAAUCCUAACGAGUUCGUCCAUGAAACCUUGCCUGAUGGUAUGCACACUCUAGUUACCGAGUCCGCCCUCAUGUGGCAGCAUCCGCCGAAAGAGAAAUACGAUCUCGAAGCGGAGUACAGCGCGAUCCAAAAAAGUACAAAUUUAUUCCCAAAUUAUUCGUCCGUUUUACCCAGAAAGACUGGACGACCGGACAACAAAAAGACCUCAGACUCGAAAACCUCGAUGCAACUUACGGGCAACAGCAACGUUCAUGACUUCGAAAUCAAACAAGUCGACUACAGCUUGCGGCCCAAAGUUACGAAGGCAGCGAAACACCGCUUGAAAAGCCAGUUACAAAGCUACAUGUUACCUCCGGUCGUACGUUCGGUCGAGCAUGAUGAACCGAUUGAAUAUCUCACGGAAAUGCGUCAAGUUGUCAUAGUAUUUGUUAACGUCGUAACGAGCAGAGUCAGCAAAACUAAAUUAAUAUUAAUCGUCGAUGCUGCUUACAAAUUGGUUUGCGGGAUCGUUGGAGAAAUGCAAGGAUGCGUGAACAAAACGUCGCUGUUCGAUAAGGACCUCAUGUUCCUUUGCAUUUUUGGCCUCCGAGGUGACAAGCAUGAACUCGAAUCCCAAAUUGGUCUUCGAUGCGCAACCAAAAUUCGCGAGAGCCUCAGCUCGAUGCGGAACAUAGUUUCGGUCACUGUAGGCGUCACUACAGGCAUCACUUAUUGCGGUGUGGUGGGACAUAUUUUGCGAAGGGAAUACACGGUCAUUGGCAUGACUGUGAACAAAGCUGCGAGGCUGAUGUGUGCGUACAAUAACAAGGUAAUUUGUGAUCGCGACAGUUUCUUGCACUCUCGUCUCCCGGCAAGACACUUUGUUCUCCAAGAGCCGAAACAUCUCAAGGGCAUUACUAACGUUGGACCAGUUUACGAAUUUCUUGAGCAAACCCACCUCGAAUUGAACCAACACCCAGUUUUGGGACGAGAAAAAGAGCUCAAAAUGUUCAUCGAACUCCUCUCAAAAAUCAUUGAAUUUUGGGAAGCCAAAAAAAUCGGUAUCCCCACCCCAAAGAAUACCCUCAUUAUAAGAGGUGAACCGAGGAUGGGAAAGAGUCGACUUCUCGACGCCAUUAAUCACACAAUCCCAACGGAAAUAGCGCGCAAUCAUAUAACCCUCGUGAGCAGCGAUUACCAAGUUCCCUACACCCUGGUUCACUUGAUAUUCACUCUACCGAUGGGCAUUGGUUCGAGCAUAUCGUCGUCGAAGGAUCGCGAAGACAAGAUUAUACAGUUUCUGGGCAAAAUUCGUUACCCCCAUUAUCUCUGCGCCCUGAAUCAAGCGUUCAACGUAAAUUUUGCGACGAGUGCUCGUUACCAGUCUUUGGGUGAAAACGAGAAGCUUAAAUUGUUGAGAAAGUUGGUGGCUAAAUUGACUCACACUUGUUUCGAUCGUUUGUGGGUCAUCAUCGUGGACGAUGCCGAAAAUAUCGAUCCCGAAUCGUUUUCACUCUUGGCCACGAUCGUCAAACAAGAUCGAGCUUUUUUCGUGCUUAGCUUCGGUAAAAAAAUGGACACUGAAUCAAGAUUUGAUCCGUUCAUUAUUGAGAGAGCAAAGAUUAUCGAAUUGGUGGGCAUCGAUAAGUGGUUCCACGCUGCACUCGCAUGUCAGUUUUUAAACGUGAUCGCCAUACCGCCCGAGCUCGAAAAAGUGAUCCAAGAACGAAGUAUGGGAAAUCCAGGCUGGAUCGAAAGUUAUCUCGUCAGUUUGAAACAAGCAGGUGGAAUUGUUUUAAAAAAAAUAAGAAUGAAAAAUUUACGUGGCAUGGGCUACGUAAUCCCGUCGAAAAUGUUGCUCGAUCGAUCUGCAUCGACCAAGGACAAAAAUAUAUUGGAAAGUGAGCCUUUUACAGAGAAAUAUGACGGAUGGAAAAUGUUUCAAACAAGUUUUAUUGAAAGUUCGUCCAACGAACGAAGCGAGGGAGAAACUCGAGAUUCGGUGCUCGCUAAAAUGGAGGACGAAAAACCAGUAACCAUUUGUUCCAUACGUCAAAAUUUCGUUCUCGAAGAUGUUGAUACGGAAUUGACGAUGGAUGUGAUUAUUUUGAAACUGUUUGAUUCGCUAACGCCGUUGGAUCAGUUUCUGUUGAAAUGUGCUUCGGUGCUCGGUGAAACCGUCAAUCGAGAUAUGCUGGAAAAAUUGAUGGAAGGAACAACGAACCGAGAAAUUGGUUAUGCUGUGACGAAACUUUUCGAGAUCAGAAUUCUGGGCUGCGCUGCUGGCGAUUUCCGACGGAGUCCUGGUCCUCUCAUGUUUUUUAGACACGUGAGAAAACGAAACAUCGACAUUGAGAUUCGUUGCGGAUGCACCGGGCUUCCGAUCCGGGAAUCUCUAGUGGAUUUGCCAAAGUAUGCAUCCUGCGGUUUAAUGCGAUUCAAAAUGUCGUUAUUUCGCGACACAACUUACAGAUUGUUGACGGAUAAUCAGAAAGUUGAUCUUCACACAAAAGCCUUAAAGUAUUUACGCCAAAAUACUAGAAGAUGCGAGGCUUGUGGUGGUGGACAAUUUGCGAGAUUGCUCGGUCGAAUUUAUCCCGAAAGUAUAAAAAUUGAGAAGCGGAGGAUAGAAAAUCUGAACCACGUCAGUAAUUUGUCCGACUACGCUCGAUUUCAUUUGAAACUGAAAAUUUUUCUGUUUCAAUUUUUCUCUUUCGCUCGAAUCGUGUUGAAAAAAUGGUUCGUAGAAUCGUCAACGCGAUCGACAGUGACGAACGUGGAAAUACCUUCGUGCAUAAGCUUUGGCCAACCGCUUUCGAAGAGGCCAACACGAACCUUCUCGAACUUCGACUUUACCAAUUGCCAGUGCACUGUCAUCCUAAACACAGUUUACAGUCAAAUGCUCGACCACUAUCGUCGUAUUCAACGAAAAGACAAAACCCUCACAGCCAUUCUCGAGUACGUUGAAAUUCUUUUGAUUGCUUCGAACGUUCCACAGGCGAGGAAACUUUUGAACGAGGCUCAGCAAAUCCUUGUCGAGAUAUUCAGCCCUGGUCGUGACGACGAGCUCAUAACGUUGCCAUACUUGUUCGGCAAAAUAAAGACCCUCCAGGGACAAUGUAAUCUCGAGAGUGGUUUGAUCAACGAAGCCCAUCGCUUACUCGAUCAAGCGAUCAAGAGUUUGGGUUGGAAUUUUCCAAAAACUAGUAUAAUGGCACGCUGCAAAUCGAGAGUCCUUCUCGAGGAGCAAAGGCUCAUUCUGACGUGUCUCAGAGACUGGAAAGUCGGGGUGGCACAAGGCGAUGCUGCUAAUUACAACGAGCAGCUCUCCAACUGUCUCGCUCAAAUGUUCAUCGUUUUUCGUGAAUUUUCAACGUGCUCGUUACAUUUAUUCUUUCAUACGACGAUUCAGAUGAAAGGAUUCCAGGACCAUGCCAAACUCGCUGCAAUUUGGGGCCUCAAUGCAGCAGUCGCAUCGAGCAAGGACUUUUUGGCUCUGUGCACAGCUUAUGCAAAUAUGAUCACAACUGCUCACUAUUUUCAACAUCGGAGCAUCAUACCAAUCUUGGAGAUCGAUGCCAUGAAUAUUUGCACUCGAAGGAGAGAUGAUCUUGACUUGCAGGAACUGAGAGCCAUAGCUAAACUUUAUUCGAGUAUAUUUUUUUCACGUUGGCUGAGAGGUCAAACUGUCAGAGCUUCGAGUCUCGGUUUCGUUGCAUUAAAAAUCGCUCGAAACGUCCGUUCGGUUUCGUUGAGAAUCAACAUUUUGCCGAAAUUAAUUCAUCUGCUGAUGGUCGAAUGCCGACACGACGAAGUUGUCACGCUGCUUCGUGAACUCGAAUUCAUAUCCAACAACGAUAUGGACAAAUCAGGACGAACUUGGUACUAUGCUUUGUGCGUCGACUUUCAAUUGGAGGCUGGAAUAACAGUUUUGCCUUAUAAAAAGUGUGAACAGUAUUAUCAAGAGGAGGGAGAAACGAUGAUUAAUCUGAGGGAUCCAGAGGCGGAAACGAGUUACUUCACAUCGAUGUGGUUAUGGUGCGUGAGAAUGGAGGAAUGGGAAGCAGCAAGUAUCUGGAAGAGUAAACAGAUGAAAAUAACGAACAAGAUAAACGAGCACACAAUCGCAGGGUCCAUAACGAUUUUGAGGAGACUCGAAGGACUGUUGAUUUAUUAUGUUCACAAAAUGGGCAAAAGAAACGCGAAAGCUUUGGAAACGAUUCUCAUCGAUAUACAAAAAUUAUUCAAAAUUGUUGAAAAAUUGCUUGCAGUCGUCGAAGUCAUUCGAGCCAGAUACGUUCUCAUGAAAUCAUACUAUAACAUGGUGAAAUUUCGAACGAAAAUGGCAAUGAAAUUACUGAAACGUUCGAAAAAAAUAGCUGUCAAAAUGGAUAACAAAUUAAUAUAUGAAUGGGCCGAUCAUUGCGAAAAGGCCUGGACCGGAUCUUUGAGUGUUCUACAACGAGAUUUCUGGAAAGAAAGAUGUGACAAAGUUUCUCGCAUAAGCUGGCAAAUAGUGGACCAGAAACCAAGAAAAACGAUUCCUUAUACGUUGCCACUUCCGAUUUACCCUCAAAACCUUUGA